CAGCACCACUGAUUGAACGUCAGGUUAAGUUGGCUGCAGGACACCAGUUUGACAGAGAUGCUGAGCUGCUGAUUUAUUACAAAGAUGCCCACCAGCCCACUGCUGUGGUGGAGGCAGGACAGGCCUCUGCAAAGCCUGGUACUCUGAUGGGUGAUCCAGUGGUGAUGGUGAGCCUGUACCCUGAGGUCCCCCAGUCUGUGAUGUCCUCACUCGCCUCACGUGGGGACUUUGUGUUCUUAUUGGAUCAAUGGGGAAGUAUGGACGAUCCCAUGAAUAACAGCAAGCAGGAAGAAACUUGCAUCAGCAGUGCAAGGGACACUCUGCUGCUCCUGUUGAAGAGUUUAGCAAUGGGCUGCUACUUCAAUAUCUACAGUAAUGGGUACAGAUUUCAACACAUCUUCCCGCAGUACGAGUGUAGAGUACAAUGAAAAGAGAAUGGAGGAGGCUCUGAAGAACGCUGAGAUGCACGCUGAUCUGAGAGAAACAGAGAUCCUUGAGCCCAUCAAACACAUUUACAAGCAGCCCUGCAUUCCCAAGCAGCCCAGACAGGUGGGGAACACCAAAGAAGCUACUGAUCUGGUUAAGAAGAAUGCAGGUUCACACAGGUGUUUCUCUUUUGGGAUUGGAGAAGGAGCCAGUCCUGCUCUUAUCAAUGGGUUGGCCAAGGAGGGAGGAGGUCAUGCUCAGUUCAUCACAGGGACUGACAGGAUGCAGCUAAACAAAGACGAGAUUCCAUGCAGUCUGUUGGUUUCUUGA